GAAUGUCACAGGAAGUCCAACUUCUACCGAGUGCGCAUGGGCGGAUCUGUUUAAAGUCCUAACUUUGUUUUUCUAUUUGAAAGUUUUGGAAACGGGGACAACGUUUGUUAAGUUUUUUUUUUUUUUAAACUAGAAGACGAUGAGCUUGGAGAUGCGCCAUCUGGCUUCUGCCACGUUUGGCAAAGGAACUGAACAUAACGAAACUGGUAACUGCCAUAACCAACCACAGGAAAGCGUAGUGUUCCAGGGGCUGAGCUUUGGAGGCAUACAUGUUGUACUUCUUAUAUAUUUUAUUUUGUUUUUGGUCCUUCUAGGAAUCUUUGCCAUCAUAAGGAGGACUUUAUGGGAUUAUGGACGACUCGCAUUGGUGUCUGAUACUGAUAGUUAUACAGGAACUUCACACAGACGAUAUGCAAGGCUCACUUCAACAAAUGAAGAACUUGAACAAGACAAUAAGGGAUUUUGUUCUUGGAUUACAUUUGUCUUCCUAAUGGACGAAGACACAGUUAGAGAGAAAUGUGGCAAUGACGCCUUGCACUACCUGUCCUUCCAGAGGUACCUCAUUGGCCUUCUAGUGGUUUUCAGCAUCACAUCUGUUGCUAUUAUCCUGCCUGUUAACCUCACAGGAGAUUUAUUAGACAAUGACCCUUAUAGUUUUGGGAGAACUACAAUAGGAAACUUGAGCAAAAACAACAAACUUCUGUGGCUUCAUACUGUAUUUGCAGUUUUGUAUCUCAUUCUAACAGUAAUAGCAAUGAGACACCACACAUCACAGAUGAAAUAUAAGGUCAAUGACUCUGUGAAACGUACCUUAUUUAUAAGUUCCAUAUCAAAAGAUGCAAAUAAAGAAUCUAUCAACGGGUACUUUAAUGAGGCUUACCCAGAAUUUAACAUCUUAGAAGUCAGUAUGUGCUAUGAUGUUGCAAAACUAAUCUAUCUGGCCCAAGAAAGGAAGAGGGCAGAAAAGAAUUUAAUCUAUUACAAAAAACGAUUGGAACAAAAAGGGGAGGUUGCAACAAUCAACCCCAGGCCUUGUGGUUACCUGUGCUGCUGCAGCCUCAAGGGGUGUGAGAGGGUGGAUGCCAUUGAUUACUACACCAGUGCUGAGAAGAAAAUGGAGGAAGAGUACAUGAAGGAGAAAGAAACUGUUUCCUCCAAGCCUCUGGGAAUGGCAUUUGUGACUUUGGAGAAUGAAACAAUGGCAACUUGUAUUCUUAAAGACUUCAAUGCCAUCGUCAUCAGUGGCUGUAGAUGCAAAAGAGAGCUAAAGGCCUCUUCUUACAGUAAACAACUUGACGUACAGAACUGGUCCGUCACCUAUGCACCUGAUCUGCGGAAUAUUUACUGGGAGAACAUCUCAGUGCAGGGCAUGGGCUGGUGGAUCAGGUGUCUGUGUCUCAACUUCUUCCUCUUUCUUUUGCUCUUCUUCCUCACCACACCCUCCAUUAUCAUCAGCACCAUGGACAGAUUCAACAUCACCCUGCCCAGAAGCUAUCGAAACAAUGCGAUUAUAAGCCAGUUUUUUCCCACACUCCUCCUGUGGUCCUUCUCUGCUCUUCUACCCACUGUUGUGUACUAUUCCACAUUAGGUGAAUCUCAUUGGACAAGGUCAAAUGAGAACAGGAUGACCAUGCACAAAUUGUACUUUUUUCUGAUCUUUAUGGUAUUGAUACUUCCCUCCCUGGGUCUCACUAGUUUAGACUACUUCUUUCAGUGGUUGUUUGAUACAACAUUUUUGUCUACUGGCAAAGUCAGGUUUGAAUGUGUAUUCCUUCCUAACCAGGGUGCCUUCUUUGUGAAUUACGUUAUUGCCUCCGCCUUCAUCGGGAGUGGAAUGGAGCUGCUGCGUCUGCCAGGCCUGCUCAUGUACACCAUCCGCAUGGCCAUGGCGAGGUCAGCAGCUGAGAGGAAGUAUGUGAAACAGCACCAAGCCACUGAGGUUGAGUAUGGAGUGAUGUAUGCCUGGAUGCUGUGUGUCUUCACUGUCAUCAUGGCUUACAGCAUAACCUGUCCUUUAAUUGUUCCUUUUGGUCUACUGUACAUGCUGUUGAAACAUGUGGUUGACAAGCACAAUCUAUAUUUUGCGUACCUGCCAGCCAAACUCGAUAGGAAGAUCCACUAUGGGGCUGUAAACCAGGCAUUGGCCGCACCAAUCAUCUGCCUCUUCUGGCUCUACUUUUUCUCAGUCCUGAAGACAGGAUUUCUGGCAAUAACUUCCCUUUUCACCCUCAUAGUUCUGUGCAUCACCAUUUUUAUUUGUUUAACUUCUACCUGCUUUGGACACUUCAAGUAUCUGAGUCCACAUAAUUACAAGAUUAAGGAAAACUUGGAUGAAACGGACAAUGUUGCAGCAGGGAUUUUUGAAUCUGCAAUGUAUGUGCCAAAGGUUCUGCAAACCCCACAGAAUGAGUCAACUCCCUUGGAUCACAAAGGUCAGCAGUCAUACGGAACUGUGGAGGACAACAUCCAAACAGCAGAGGACUUGGACAAAAUCUACUUGGUAGAGUAAGGAGGCACGGACUCCUGUGGCUCAGCUGGGCAUUUACCUACAGUGGACAGUAGAUGUCGAAACUGCACUUUUUGUAUGCCAAAGAAAGAAUUCAGGAUUUAACAUUACAAGUACAAGUUUCAUAUAAUUUGUGUCCAAAAGAUAGGAAAGUGAAAUGUAUUUCUCUGAAAAAUGGUUCCCUUUUCUGCAUCAAAAAGCAGCAUUUUUAUAUUGGUAUAACAGUUUUUGUUACAAUUUUUCUGACCACACUGCAAGAUGCACAACCAGCAUUGGAGCACAAGAGCAGACAAAGAUAUAAUCCAUGGGUAGAAUGGUACUCUGAGAUGGUAACAGUAUCAAUGUGCCACGGUACCAUAUCCAUACCAUUGUGCUACAGCACCAUGACCUUGUGAAACAUUUAUUCCAUUGUAUUGCAAAUGCGGUGGUGAUGUCUCUCUUAAAGGUUUCUUCCUGACAAUAACUGCUGUUAUAUAGGGGAGCAGUCACAGGGAGAUACAGUUUUGGACUAUUUAUGAGAUAUGUGACCAUAAUUUGAUUAUUGAUUUAGAAUACUUAUUUAGAAUAAAUGGACAGACUCAAAGUUUAUCACAUUUCCGACCUAUAAAAAUAAACUGUUGACAUAAUUGUAAAGGGACCAGUGCAGUAACUAAUGAUUUCAAUCUCAAUCUCGUGGGAAAUCUAGACACAUCCCUCACUCUCUUGUAUUUUCAUGGUUGUUUUUGUUUGGGAGUCAACUUUCUUGAAAUGACAUCAGCAUAGGGAGUAGAAGUAUGGUACAGUGCCAUUCCACAUUCAAGUUUCUUUUCGUAAUAACUCAUGGACCAAGUUGUAAUCCAUUGAUAAACUUGUUACAAUACAGAACCGCGCUGUGUAUUGUAACAAUGUACAGGGAAACACUAUAUUAAACCAUUAGAUCCGAGUGCAUUUUUAUUGCAUCUAGUGAAAAGGGAAUGUGUUGUGGUCUGACCCAGGAUACAAUAAAUUAAAAAUAAAUAAAUAAAUAAAUAAAAUUGAAUAAAGAGCUGAAUAAGUAAAUAAUGCACACCCUACUGACUGAAUGUUUGGCUAUAGAGUUGCUUAAAAUUGUGUACAAAAAAAGUUCAACUGUUUUGUAUUUAUUUUUUGAAAAUGUGUUCAUGUCAACAUUUAACAAGGUGUUGUUUUGUGCUGUGCCACUUUAACAGUACAGAUGUGCCAUUUUGCCAAUUGAAUCAGUUUUAAAGCCAUAUUGCCUAGCCAUGUUUCUCAUACAUUGCUACCCAAGAGGUAGUUAGCUGUGCAUCAAAUGGUUAUUUUCUCUUAAGGGUAUAUUGAUAACUCAAUUUGAAUAAAUAUGAAGACAUUUGCACAAAUUUACAUUUUUAAAAAAGGCCUUUUGAUUUUCAUCCUUUUAUUUUAAUUGUAUAAUGCACUGCUUCUAAGGGGCCACAAAAAUAUUGUGUCAAUAAUAAAGACCCAACAAGUCCAUUGCCACAGAUGAGACUUUAUUGUCAUUAAAGCAUAGGUUUUAUCAGCUCAACAUAUGAGGAACAUUUUGUUUGCUUAUUAAAAAUAAGUCUCUUCAACCACUCCACAUUAGAGGGACAAAGUACUUUUUAGUAAUGUAUUUGCAAUCUAGAUUGCUGCAGUUCUAACAAUAAUACAAACACAUUUUAACUUCUCUUUGCUGUAAUACUAUUUAAUCACAAGAGGGCAGUGUGUCCCUGUGAAUCCAUAAUUAUACAUAAUUUAUAAUUCACCUAUUGUAUUGCCUUUCCCCUUACAUUGACAUCCGGACUGUUUCUAUAUACAUUUGUAAAAUAUGAUUUUGUAUUUCUGUAUAUAUUAUUAAUCAUGAAGGAAUACCCUAAUACCCUAAUUACAUUAAUCUCCAGAAAUAUGACUUUUGCCACGAUGUCAGGUUCAUAAGAAGUUUGUUAUGUAGACCUAUACCUUUUGAAAAAGUAUUUUUUUAAAGUUCUAUUAUAAAAGUAGUGUGUGUCUUGGUAAUUGAAGACCUGCAGCUUGUGGCUGUCAGGAUGACACAAAUCUUGAACUGUUACCUAAAAAUUACAGGGCUGACUAAUGGGAAUGUACUGUAUUCAUUCGCUGUAUAUGUUGGCUAGAUAAGCCACAGCAAGGAACCAACUGGGAAAAAGCAGUUUCUUUCAAUCUGGGAUAUUAAUAAUGCAUUUUGUAACUGUAUAACCCCUGAUGUUUCCUUGGGGGCGAUUACCCCAAUUCUAUAGCUGUCUGGAGCACAAACAAUAUAUCAACAUUAAAAAAUACUUUACAUUUUAAUGAAAAAGGAGACCACUGUGCAAGAAUGCUGAAAAAACAAAAUAAUAAAAGAAUGUCUUCCCCCUUUCACAGCCUCUUAUUGUUGAAAAAAAAAACAAUGUAACCAGCGAUGCAGCAGACACCAAGACCAGAACAUGACAUUUCAGCCACUACUGGUUGUUCAACAGUUAAAAAUUGAUAGAGAUCAGGCGGCAUUCGAGUAUGAUUACAAUGGACGGGUAACCGGUUUCUCAUGUACUCCUAGUAUCAUACCUAUCCUUUAUAUAAUUGUUAUUUAAGGUAACAUUCUACCUUGUCCUUUUAACUAACCUUUGUAUACUGUGAUCACUACCAGAUGUAAAUCUAGCUGCUUAAAUGUAUUAAAACCAGUAUCGGUCUGGUGUUUGUUGAAAACGUGUAAUAUGACUCAACUCCAGUGAACAAAUCUGCCUCCUACUCACCUUUUUGAUUAAUGUCAAUGCAUGCACAAAAUUUAAUUUGCACCCAAGUGAUAGGUUUACCAUGGUCUCCAUCUCAGGGUAGCCCACCCACAGACCCAGACCUAGAAUUUGAUCACAAACACCUGCACGGUGUACGUUUUAAUGGGAAAGGACAAACUCCUAUAUGCUCAUGUGUUUGUGACAGAUCAAGACAAGGUUGGUGUAAGUUUGACCUAGAUAAUUGAAGCAUGACUGGCUGGUGAAACAGUAGAGUCUGGUCUAAUGAAAAUUUAAAUGAAGUUGCAAUAGCUGGGCAUGGUUUAUAUAGCACACAUUUGGUUGAAGCUUUUAGGGGAGUUGUUUUUUUAACAUAGGCCUGUUUGCCUGAGUACCUUUACCUGGAU